AUGGCAAAUGCAUCAUCAAUAAUAGAAAAUAAAAACCUUGAUCAAUUUUAUCCAAAUGUUUUGUCAAAAGAACCAACUGUUCGUUUAGAAUGUUUUUCUAUACUUGAAAAUUAUUUAUCGGACAUAAAUAAUUCUAUUGAUUGUGAAGAUUUAACAGGUUUUAUUAAUGGAUUACUUCAAUGGAUUGGAUGCAGUAAUUAUCGAAUUUCGUAUAAUGGUCUUCGAAUAGUAGAAUUAUUAAUUGAAAGAUUAGAUAAGAAUGAAUUUGAACAAUAUCUUGAUAAUGUUUUAUUAGUAAUAAUAGAUCGAUUGGGUGAUGGAAAAGAUCAAAUCCGAGACGCAGCUAGUCGUCUUCUAUUAAAAUUAAUGAAAAAAUUUACUCCACAACGUAUUUGGGAUUUCAUACAACCAUUAUCAUUUGAAAAUAAACAAUUUCGUAUAAAAGAAGAAAGUCAACGAUUACUAAUACAAACAUUAAACGAGUAUGUAAUUAAAAAAAAAAAAACAAGAUUAUCUACACAUACCGAUUGA